AUGGGUGGCGCCGAGACGGAUCGGGGGCAGACCACCGAGUACCCCGUUAGCUCCACGUCCCCCGGCGGCAGGAUGGGCGGCGCCGCGUCGGACCAUGGCCAGACCAGCGCGGACUCUCGCGCCGAACCGGCCGUCCCCGAGCACCAGCGCGAGCUCCGUGCUCGUCUGCUUCCGCCGCGCCGCGGCCUCCAGGAGACGGCACCGCUGCCGAUCUACGACGAGCUCGUGGAAGAGAUCUUCCUCCUGCUGCCCACGCCAACCGAUCUGAUCCGCGCCUCCGCCGCCUGCGUCUCCUUCUACCGUCUCGUCGCCCGUCGCUCCUUCCUCCGGCGCUUCCGCAAGCUCCAUGCCCCGCCCCUCCUUGGCUUCCUCGAUCACGGCCGAGAAUUCAUCCCCGCAAUCCCGCCCCAUCCUUCCGCGCCCGCAGCCGACGCCCUCGCCCUCGCCGCCGACUUCUCCCUGUCCUUCCUCACCAGAGAACCCUACUUAACCCCCGCCCACUACUGGGAUAUCGAGGACGUCCGUGGCGGCCGCGUCCUCCUCAGCAGGCACCCCUUCCAUGAUCUUUCCCUGGCAGUGUGCGACCCCUUGCACCGGCAGUACCUCCUGCUUCCCCCAAUCCCUGCAUUCGAGGGCUGGGCUUCACUGUACAACCUAAGGACAGGAUGGCAGACCUUCCUUGGCGACGACGAGGAGGCCGUGGAAGAGACAUCAUUCACAGUGGUCUCGAUCUCACAGUGGGGAAAUUGGCUGGGAGCAAUCAUGUUCUCUUCCAGCACCGGACAGUGGCGACAAAGUCCAUGGAUUGGAGGAUUUGCAUUCUUCAAUCAGUGCCGGUACGCGUAUGGUUGCUUCUACGGGUUGACAGAGUGCAGGCAAAAGUUGCUGGUGCUUGACACAUGGAAAAUGGAGUUCUCUCUUGCUGACCUCCCACCUGAAGCGAGAGGUUCUUCGGAACGUGAUGUGGAUAUUUCCUUUGUGGAAGCAGGGGAAGGCAUCACUGGGAUGUUUGUGCAUCCAGGUAACACAUAUAGCAUCAGUUAUCUAACUAAGCGAAACAAUGGUGGGAGUUCCAGCCAGUGGAAGUUGGAGAAGACAAUCCCACUGGAUUUUACUGGGUCCAGGUUCAUGGGUUCAAGCGGAAUGCACUUGCUUCUGCGUUGUUGGCGAGAAUUCCCAUCGCCCGAUCUAGGCACUUUCACGCUUGACAUCAAAACAUUCCAGUUUGAGAGGGUCGCAUCACAGUAUGGGGCAUAUAUAUAUAGCAACUUCCCACCAUCAUUGCUGUCGUCGCCUACAAUAUCAAGUGGUGCUGAGAACGAGGCUGAGGAGAUGCUGGAACAAGGCGGCGCUGCAAGUUCAAGCGCAUAG